CACACAGUGAGUAGCCCUAAAGGAAGCGCCUUGUUUGUUCCCAUAAAUAAUAUAAUCUGGUCCAAGGAAGGCACUCUAUAAAGAAGGUUCUGUAAGACUGUGCCCUGCGUCCCGAGAUGGGCCAGCUCCUUCUUCCAAACCAGCUCUGAAUUCUGCGUAGGAAUGGAGCCUAGGCCCCGCGUGACGGAGCCCUUCCGAGACGGUUGGGGUUAAAUCUGCCUGGACCCUACGAGCUGCGGAGAGCAUCAGGCCACGCACACCUGCGCGCUCUAAGGCUUUCGGAUCACUGCGCAGGCAUGCGGUCGGGAGCCAGGAAGACCACUGCGCCGCUGUACGUCACGGCAGCACCCGCAGCUAGGCCUGAGGGAUGCAAAACGACAGCCUUACGGGAAGACAGGGACAGAGACGGGGAGAAAUACUAACAAAGCGAGACCCACCGAGGUCCGGGUGGCACCGAGGCUACAGUACUCCGGGAGCAGCCCCCACCCCGGCCCAGCGCAUUUCACCUCGUCCCCUGCUGUGCGGGGCCUACUCAGCAGCUGACAAGCUCCGGGCCCCGCCCCCACUCCGGGGCCCUCCCGCGGCUUAACCCUUGCCUGCCCGCCUCCUGCUACAGCGGCCCUCCCCUCCAAGCCGCGGUAAGCGGGCGCGGGCCCUACUCCUCCCCCACCCCGCGGGGGCGCGCGGCGCCAGGAGCUGACCGUGGUGCUGAGCUCGGCGCGCGGCUUGGGCUCGGGCGCGGCUCCCGGCCCUUACAAGGCCGCGUAUUGCGACACUCCCGGCCACCAGGGCAGCCUGGGGCCCUGGCAGCAUGGAGCUGAAGAGAGGAAAGACCUUCAUCAAAUCCAGCCUGCAGAUUUCCCAUGAGAAAGCCCCAGAUCCAGCAGCCACCACUCUGGCCAGGGAGGAUGCAAGUCCCUGGUCAGUCUCACCAGGAGGGCAACAGAAGCCCCAGAGUGAAAGGGCCCCACAGGUUAGUGCCAGCACCCAAGGAUAUGACAGAUGCUCCAACAAGGAGGCAGAGCCAGAACCCGAGGUGGGGGCUGCAGCCUUCUGUGGGGCCACCUUCAAACUGGUACGAAAGAGCAAGACUCAUGACAGUGUGCCUGGGGCUGGCAGGGCAAGCACAGCCACAGGGCAGCUGGUGGGCAGCGCAAGCUUCCCAGGGCCCCCCAGCAGCCAGCGCAUGAUUGAUUACCGCCACUUUGUGCCCCAGAUGCCCUUUGUGCCCGCUGUGGCCAAGAGCAUCCCAAGGAAGAGGAUCUCCCUGAAACGACCUAAGAAGUGCUUUCGGAACCUAUUCCACAUUCGCAGAAACAAGACUGAGAACUUGGCCUCACUGGUGCCCAAGGGGGAGAGCCUGUCUUCCCCUGGGGGCCCAUCAGAGGCUGGCGGGCAGACAGGCAAAACCUUCUUCCCCUUAGGUGAGGGACUGGGACCAGACAGCCUGUUCCAGGACCUAUCUGACAGUGAGCUCCUGCCUGACUCUUCUGUUGACCUCUGUAGGGCCCUGUGUGAGGAUGUGGCCUCACUCAAGAGUUUUGACUCUCUCACGGGCUGUGGGGAGAUCUUUGCAGAUGAAAGUUCAGUGCCAUCCUUGGAACUGAACGAGGGCCCAGAGAGCCCAACCCAGGGAUCACAGGCCCUUGAAAGCAAGGUUCUUAGGGGCCCCUUCCAGGGCAGUGUGGAACAGCCGGCAUCACCUGCCCAAAACGAGUUGUCUGACUUUGCCAAGUUCUGGGACAGUGUGAAUCACUCUGUGAGGCAGCAGCACCGUGCCCUACUGGGGCCAUGGCUGGGGUGUCCCCAGGGCACAGACACAGACCGGCCCAGGCUGGAUGCAGCUGGGCUUGCUGAGCUACCCCUGUGUCCCUGUAGGGACCCCCACAGUGGCUCCAAAGCCAGCUCCAUAGACACAGGUACCCCUAAGAGUGAGCAGCCAGAAUCCGUGUCCACGAGUGAUGAGGGCUACUAUGACUCCUUCUCACCUGGCCUUGAGGAGGACAAGAAGGAGGCUUCAAGUCCAGGCACACCUGCAACAGCCUUCCCCCGGGACAGCUACAGUGGAGAUGCCCUCUACGAGCUCUUCUAUGACCCCAGCGAGGGUCCUGUUGGCCCAAGCCUGGAUGAUGACCUAUGUGUGUCUGAGAGUCUGUCAGGGCCAGCCCUAGGAGCACCACUGUCCAUGUGCAGCUUCCAUGUGGGGGCAGAGGAGAACUUGGCCCCAGCACCAGGCCCAGACCUGCUCAGCCAGGGCUUUUUGCAAAGCUCCUGGAAGGGCAAGGAGUGCCUGCUAAAGCUCUGUGACACUGAGCUUGCCAUCACCAUGGGCAUUAUCAACUGGCUUCGCCGUGGCCCUGAACUCCGCACCCCACCUGCCUCAGCCCCUGGAGAAACUGCAACCUCACCCAGGGGACAGGCAGAGAAGGUGGGUGCUGGCUCCGAGAAAAAGGGCCCAGAUCCAGUGAAGCUGGAGGGCAGGGGGGCUAGGGCUUCAGAUGCAGGUAGGACCACUGUGGACUCAGCACCAGGCAGGCAGGAGCUGUGGGCACAUUUGGGUCCCAAGGGCCUGCUUGCUGGAGAGAGCAAGGUCCUAGGAGGGCCCAAGCAGGGAACCAGCACUCUGUCCAGGGACCCAUCUCUGGAGUGUGUGCAGGUCUCUGGGGAAGGAAGGAUGCAAGGCUGCCAUGAAGGCUUGUUCUCUUCUGUGGGAUCUGCAGCCUCUGCAACAAAAGACACCUCUAGCAAAAAUAAGGUCCCAAACCCUUGGCCUGGCUUCCAGGAGCCCAGGCCUCCUGGGAAUCUGGAGUGUUUCCAAGGUCCCUGGAGGCCAGGUCCUGGCGGAAGCACCCUCAAUGUAGAGCCCACCCUGACAGGCUGUGUGGCCCAGGUUGCAGCCCUGCACAUCCACCCAGACUGCCAGCCCCCUACUACACAGUCCCCAAGGCAGGACACAAGCAGUGAGUUCUGUAGGCACCCUCAGGCCAGGGGCCCUGAUAUUCUCCAGCAGAAACAGACUAACAGCUUCCCUAGCAUGCCGAUUGUGUGUGGCCUGCCCUCCCUGGCUAGUCCACUCCACAGCCCACAGGACCAGAGGUGCCUGGGCCACGUCCUGGACCUUAGCCAGCUCAGGGUGGAGCCCACCAGGAUGGAUGCCCAGGCUCAUCAUGCCUCUAUGGAUGACCAGCCCCUGCAGCUCAGUUCAAGGGCUGCGGAGCAGACGGUACAUAGGGGCCAGCUGGAUUUGUAACCCCUCUUGGCCCUACUAUCCAGCUGAGCCCCUUGGGCCAACUGCCAGGAAUCCUAGACCUCACUUCCAACAGCCAGUACAAGUGAGCCCCCUCUGCAAGUGCCCCAGAAAGUUGCUACAGUUUCCUGGCCCACGAAGGCUUCCUCUGCAACUAACCGGAAAUAGGAGCCCCCAGACCAGCAUGGCUGAGCCUCACCUAUAGCAUGGGGCCUCACUCACCAGAAACUGUGUCUUUGUGGCCACAUUUAAGAGAACCUAACACCCAAAUCUCCAUCCUUUGUCCCUGAUGUAAGGAUUGUUGGGGGGUGGGGGUAGCAGGACACAGGCAAGUGGAGCAAAGCAUUUUAAUGUGGAGCAUCCAUGCCUGAACCAGCUCAGCCAGACCAAGUACUGGGCAGCCCAAGGCCAAGGACAGCUGCACAGCUGCUAUUGCUCUCAAAGUGUGCCUCACUGAUUUCCCCACAAAGAAAUGAAGACUUGAAUCCCAGUUGGCUGUGAAGUGGCCACACGUAGCUUCUCAUACAGCAUAUUAGAGAGAGGAGCUCAGGCUUGAAACUGAUGGGAAGAUAACAGUACAUCUUAUAAAUGGGAAGUAGAGGGAGCCAGGAAGUCUGCAUAGGGCUUGAGAAAAAUAAAUGUGUGGUCUAAGGCUUAGGGGCGGGAGGCAGAGUGGGAGACAGGCAGGAUGGGGCACUGUGGAUGAGCUCAGGAAUGUCCACUGGCCCCAUACCAGCCUGCUCUCUACCCCCAAGACAAGUAGCCACAAUGUACUGGGGCCCUGAAGGACUUCUCAUGGGAAUGAGAAGCAGGACCAGCCUCAUCUCAUUAAGGCCUUUAAUCAGCAGACAACAACCCUGCCAGGGCUAGACCCUGCAGACCCUAGUCAAUGGGUGUUGGUGAAUUCUCUAUUACAAAUCAGAACAAUAAUUUUCCCCAACUCCUCUAAAUGAAGCCAAGGUUGUUCUCAGGGCAGAAGCUGAUUGUCCACAACUCUGCCAUUCUUGCCCCUCCACACGGUCAGCAUCUUUGCCUCCCCUUCAGGAAAACUUACCUUGGAAUGGAGCUAUAACUCUCAUCUUCCUGAAAGCCACAACAACACACACAGUACCAAAUAUUCAGAAUUGUGGAGGGGAAAGGUGGCCCGCAGCCUCAGGAAGGGCAAGAAUCAGGACAUCAGGUACGGUGACAGACCAUGCCUCGAGUUUCUCUAUGAUUAGAUCCUACCUCACCCAACAUGCUGCAGUGAGAUGCAAAGGAUGGGAUGCCACAGACAUGAAACUGUUUCUAGAGGAAAGGUCAUCAUAGAAAGGGGUAGGUCAGGUGGUGGGGGAGAAAUUCCAGCCAGAGGGAUGCUGUCUGACAGCUGACCACAGGCUGGUGCCUCUCCUGAUUGAGGCUUCAUUUCAGACUAGAAAAUGCUUUGUAGCCCUUGGUAACAACUGCUUACUUGGGCCUACUGUGUGCUCCUAUAGGCUCCUGACCAGGCCCAUCCCUGGAACACUGAGGGAAGGUCAGGGCCAGUGUUCCUGGAAAACCACAUGUGAUUCCCCCUCCCAGGACUUCCACAAAUGAUUAGCAUUAUUGAGCUGUGCCAGGAGCAGGUUACACAUGGAAUAGUUUACCUCAUCCCUGCAUCAACCUGAAUGCAGUUGUCUUCAUUUUUCAGAUACGGAGACCAAGGCACAAAGUGCUGAUAUGACUUGCCCAUGAACACACGCAGCUAGUGAACUCUUCCAAAACUUUCACUACUCCCUUCUUCUAGGGCACCCUCUGGGUACCAGCUGCCUGUCUCCCUGUAAGCAACCUGAGUGCCUAGGGGCAGGGGGCAUCCCUCAUUUAAUCAUGUCUUUAUCACUUUGUACGGCACUCUAGCAGAGCAAGGCCUCAGUACAUAUUUACUUGUUGAAAGAAUGAAAUAUCAAAAGGUUGCUCAUGGUUUUCUGAUUUCUUAUUGAAUGUGAGCCUGUGUCUGAAGAGUGGCAGAGUUGUUUUUACCUUGCAGGAGUGUUUGUGAGGGAGUGAGGGAGUGUUUCCUUGAUGUGACAUGGUGACUGGUGGGGAGAAUCCAACCAGUCCCAAGAGUGCUGGUAAAGGCAGAAACCAAGGAGGUCCAGGACCCAGAGGUUAUGGUGAAGGUAGUCUGCAGUGAUCCAGCAACAGAGCAGCAGAGAAAAGGAACUGAGGUCAUGCCUGCCUGAGAGGAACCACCAGCCCAGUGGCUCUCACUAUGGGAAGCAUCUUAAGCAAUCUUGACAACCUAGAAAUUUUCAUUCUCUGCAAUGUGGUGGGAGAUUACAGCAGUGACCUACCAGGCACCUUGCUGAGAGAACAGAGGAGGGCCUUCCCUUUCUCUUGUGUCCAGUGUGUCUGAGGAAACCUCAGACCAUCUCUUUCUACAUCCCACCUCUUGGGCUGCCCUCCCCUGCAAGAGGGGUACAGGCAGUGCCAGUCUGAUGGGGCAUGUUCUUCAGGUGACCCACUGAGAGGAAAGAAUGGAACUGCUGGGCCAGCUCCUGGGAUAAGUGCCUAGCCCAGUGCUGGGAGUAGCAGAGGCCUGUGGGGUGUUUUCAGAAUUCUGGGCAUUUCUAACCCUCUCAUUUAUACAUGGCUAUAGAAAUUAUAGGAGGUUGUUUCUCCCAUAUAAUGUAAAACUCCAGCUCAUAGAUGUCUCACAGAGUCUAAGUGACUCCCCAGGGUCACACAGUAACAAGCAGAGGACUGGGGUACACCCUGAGGCCUGUGCACUGUGCCUUUCAACCUUCCAGCCUUCCAAAGUUGCACUGGAUACUGAGAGGUGCUGGGAGGGGGCCAGGCAGCCUCCCAGCCUGCCCUAGUGGUGGGGGUGGCCUGGGUCUAUAGCAGGGUGGCCUGGGGUGCACCAGGAAGGCUGGACAGAGAUCAGGAGGGAGGUGCUGAAAAGGGGUAAAGGCCAGCACAUGCUGAGGAAGACCCAGUGAACUACAUCGGGGGGUACAUCUUACCUUUCUUGGUUUCUUAUUUUAUUUUAUUUUACUUUUUAUGGAAUGGGGAUAAAUACAGGAUACAAAACUCAAAAGACAGAGAAAACAAUAAAAAGUGAG